AUGUUUUCAUCCAGUUCGAAUCCUAAUUGGAAUUCUGAUAAUAAUCAGGUUCCUGCCGUCUCUUCGCAUGGAUUGAAGCAGAUUAGUCUGGAGCAAAUGUGGGAGGAUUUGAAAUCAGGCAUUGAUGAUGUCUACCAGAGGAGAUAUAUGAAUAAGAUAAGAUAUGUGGAGCUCUAUACGCACGUCUAUAACUACUGCACUAAUGUGAACCAAGGUACUACUAAUCACCACAACACCCGGCUGACCACGAACACUCGGAAUAAAAAAAAUCAAAACACCUCACCGGGAGCUCAGUUCGUCGGGUUUGAACUCUAUAGAAAGCUAAAGGAAUUUUUGAAAAAUUAUUUAGCUAAUCUUUUAAAGGAUGGCCAAGAACUGAUGAAUGAGAAUGUUCUAGAGUUUUACACCAAGCAAUGGGAGAACUAUCAGUUCUCGAGUAAAGUUUUAAACGGCGUCUGUAGCUACCUUAACAGACACUGGGUCAAAAGGGAGUGUGACGAGGGGAAGAAAAACAUUUACGAGAUUUACUCUCUGGCCCUUGUAACGUGGCGCGACAACCUCUUUCACGAGUUGAACCACCAAGUGACAAAUGCAGUCCUACGCUUGAUUGAGAGAGAGAGGAAAGGCGAAACUAUUAACACCAGUCUUGUCAGUGGGGUUAUCAACUGCUAUGUCGAGUUAGGGCUGAACGAAGAGGACCCAGCCAUGAGGGGUCCUACGUUGGGGGUGUACAAGUCGUCCUUCGAGAGUAACUUCCUCGAGGAUACGAAGAGUUUCUACUCGAGGGAAAGUUCAGAAUUCCUCAGGCAGAACUCCGUUACUGAGUAUAUGAAGAAGGCUGAGGCCCGACUGCAAGAGGAAUACCGAAGAGUGCGCGUGUACUUACACGACAGUACACAGGAGCAGCUGAUCAAAGUAUGCGAGAAUGUACUCAUCGAGAAGCACUUGGAGAUAUUUCAGUCCGAGUUUCAAACUCUGCUCGAUAACGAUAGGAAUGAUGAUCUAGCGCGUAUGUAUCAGCUAGUCUCACACGUAAGCAAUGAAGGAUUUGCCAAGCUUAAAGUCUCCCUCGAAAACCACAUCACCAACCAAGGUCUAACUGCUAUUGAAAAAACUAAAGAUGUUGCAAUUAACGACCCAAAGACAUACGUGCAGACGAUUCUUGAAAUCCACAAAAGGUACAACGCUUUAGUUAUAGUCGCAUUCAAUAGUGAUUCAGGAUUCGUCGAAGCUCUCGAUAAGGCUUGUAGAAAGUUCAUCAACAACAAUUCUGUUACAAAGUCAGCCAACAUGUCCAGCAAAUCCCCAGAGCUCCUGGCUAGGUACUGCGAUUUGCUGCUGAAAAAAAGUUCCAAAAACCCUGAAGAAGCUGAACUAGAAGAUACAUUGAAUCAAGUGAUGAUCGUGUUUAAAUACAUUGAAGAUAAAGAUGUUUUCCAGAAAUUUUAUAGCAAAAUGCUUGCCAAAAGAUUAGUCCAACACAUGUCUACGUCAGACGACGCUGAAGCCAGCAUGAUUUCAAAACUUAAGCAAGCCUGUGGCUAUGAAUACACGUCUAAGCUGCAGCGAAUGUAUCAGGACAUUGGUGUCAGUAAGGACCUGAAUGAGAGCUUCAGACAACAUUUGGAGAGUAAUAACGAGUCGUUGGAUAUUGACCUCUUCAUCCAAGUAUUGAGCAGUGGCUCCUGGCCAUUCCAGCAGUCAACGCUUUUUUCUCUUCCUCUUGAGCUUGAACGAAGCCAUCUUAGAUUCGCAGCUUUCUACAGUAGCAGGCACAAUGGUCGCAAACUCUUCUGGCUCUACAACAUGUCCAAAGGAGAAUUAGCUGCUAACUGCUUUCAGCAGAAACACAUUCUGCAGGCAUCCACCUUUCAAAUGUCCGUACUCCUGCAAUUCAACCAGUCAUUCAGCUACACCGUCCAACAACUGCAUGAGAAUACGCAAAUUGAAAUGGACAUCUUACAACCAGUCCUUCAAAUCCUCCUCAAAACCAAACUGGUUUCGUGUAGCAAUGCUGAAAGCAGCAGCAGCAGUGGAAGCGCUGCUAACAGCAGCGGUUUAGCUGCUAGUAGCGGUAGUGGUUUAGCUGCUAAUGGCGUCGACAACUCAGUACAGCUACUACCACCUACGGCUGUUAUAUCUCUACAGCUGGAUUAUAAAAAUAAAAAGUUCAAGGUGAACAUCAACGUUCCAAUGAAAGCUGAGACGCGCCAGGAGCAGGAAGAGACGCACAAGAACAUCGAAGAAGACCGCAAACUCGUCAUCCAGGCCGCCAUUGUCCGAAUCAUGAAGAUGAGGAAGAGAUUGAAGCAUCAGCAGCUAUUGGUCGAAGUACUCAACCAACUGUCUCAGAGGUUCUGCCCCAAAGUGCCAAUCAUCAAAAAAUGCAUAGACAUACUGAUCGAGAAGGAAUACCUCGAGAGAGCCGAUGGCCAGAAAGACGUCUACGACUAUCUGGCCUAAUCACUAUUCAUAAAUUAUUCAUAACAUUAACUAUGCAUAAAUUAAUAUUAAUGUAGGCCUGAAUUUUGAAUAAAUUUUAUUACUGUAAUGCAGGCCUAAAUUAACGUUAAUAUGCAUAUGCUUAUAUUAUGAAUAAAUCGAUACAUUUUUUUUUAGAUUUUUUUUUUUAAUAAUUAAAAUGCUGAAUUUUGAGUAAAAUCAUAACUCUAUUAAGAAUAACUUGAUGAUGAUAAUUUGAAUAACAAUAAUAAUAAUAUUAAUCUUUAUUAUUAUUGUUGUUAUUAUUAUUAAUAUUAUUAUUAUUUUUCAACGCAAACAUUUUACAAAACAUUCGUUAGAGUUUUUGUAUGCCUGCUCUUCCUAAUAGCCAUGAUGAUAACGGUGAUCAAAUAUAAAGAACGAUUUAAAACGAUAAUAAUAUUAUUUUUGUUAUUAUUAUUAUUGGUGAUGAUGAGAAUGAUGAUAGUUAUGAUUCUACUUGUGAUAACAUGCAGGACACACGCGCACGCACCACACACACAUUUUCACACACACGCACGCGCGCGUGUAUAUAUGUAUUUCACAAUGGGAGUUUUUUUUGCUUAUGUUGUUUGGCAAUGAAUGAUGUCGUUCGUUUGUUCUGACGGUUGUAUUACGUAAUAAUAAUUGAAAAUUACAAUAUAAUAAUUAUUAUUAAUUAUAAUUUAAAAAUUAUAAUAAUAUUAUUAUUAAUUAUAAUAAUAAAUAAUAUCAAAAACGAAAGUGAAACUGGUGUUAAUUUUUUUAGUAAAGUUUGCGUAUUAGUUUUAUAUUUAUAUGCUAUUAUUAUAAUAUUUCUUAUGUGAUUUUAAUCAAUUUUCGCCAAUUAUUUCUGUUUAAUAUCGUCAUUGUAUAAUUUAUAGUUAUUAUUAAGUUUGUUAUUAUUACAUUUGGAUUGGAUUUUAACGUUACAAUUUUUCAGUUUGAAGAAAAUUUCAUUAAGUUUUUUUCCCAAUAAAAUCACACGCAACACUAA